AUGGGGAAUAAACAGACCAUCUUCACAGGGGAGCAGCUCGACGCCUAUCAGGACUGUACUUACUUUACGAGAAAGGAAAUCCUCAGACUCUUCUACCGUUAUCGGGAUCUGGCGCCGCAGCUCGUUCCCCUCGACUACACCAGCCAGCCAGAUGUGAAGUUACCAUAUGAGCUGAUUGGGAGCAUGCCAGAGCUGAAGGACAACCCGUUCCGUCAGAGGAUCGCCGAGGCUUUCUCUGAGGACGGAGAGGGGAACAUGACGCUGGAAGACUUUCUGGACAUGUUUUCAGUCAUGAGUGAGAUGGCUCCACGUGACCUCAAGGCCUACUACGCCUUCAAGAUUUAUGACUUCAACAAGGACGACUUCCUCUGCAAGUCGGACCUGGAGAAGACGGUGAACAAGCUGACCCGCAGCGAGCUGACGGAGGACGAGGUGAGGAUGGUGUGUGAGAAGGUGAUCGACGAGUGCGACCUGGACAACGACGGACGCCUGUCGCUGGAGGACUUCCAGCACAUGAUCGUUAGAGCCCCGGACUUCCUCAGCACCUUCCACAUCAGGAUUUAA